AUGAGAGCUCAGCAGCGGCUUCUGUUGUUAUACUUCGGCGCAGUACUGACCGCAUUUUAUUCGGUGUAUUACUACAUCGUUCGUGGAGGCCGCGUCUCUCUUACGCGCUACAACGUCGAUGAUUUUGUAGGAAAGUCUCCCGCGCCGUUCGUGCGACGAUGUCAGAUAUUCUACGAAGACAGCGGUCAGGCCGCAAUGAGGAAAAUGGCAGAUGCGCUUUAUCGACGUUUGGAUGCAGCUGGCGUAUCUUCCGAAAUGCUAGACCUCGCCCGUUACGAGCACUUCGGCAAAGUCGCGGGGGAUGCAGCAAUAGUUGAAUCUUUCAAUGAUAUGCUGGACAUUUCAGGGCCCUUUACAGUUGUUUUGAAGUACGUCGCCGAACCCCCCUUUAAAGGGGACUUCGAAAUGGUUGUGCAUGGAGGUAAAACCUUGGUGUUCACGCUCACAAGCUCCGCAUUUGGAUCGUUGUACACGGGGAGAAGGAUCUACGAUCUUACCCACAGCAUCGUUUUUAGUUAUGAAGGGAUGCCGUCGACAAACAUGACACCAUUGCUGGAUUUGAAUCUCGUCCUAACUAGCGACGACUGCAAGAUAGGCUGGAAUGUAAAGGAGGAUGUCAUCAACCCGUAUUUUCAUCCCAUAGCCAACGUCAUGUCGUUGUUCUACGACAUCAGCAUCCACAGCCGUGUUGUUUCCGGCGCUAACCUUACAGGCGUCAUGAAGCUCAAAGGCGAGCACAUCGUUGACCUGCAGGAGCAAGAUGUGGAAUUCUUCCACUUCAUCGAACGCAUUACGACCGUGGAAGUGCCAACGAGAGAUUCUUCAAUUUAUCGCCAUUCUAUCGCAUUCGUCUGUCACGCACCUCACAAAAUGCUCCGCUUCUACGAUCGCGCCCUUAAACGAGAAACUGAAUCUGUCAUGUUAAAGGGCCUGGGUGUAAUUUCGCUGCUCGAUCCCGCAGGUGAUCGUUCCGCGGGGUAUGAGCUGACGGGCGAUGAUAUCCGGUCCCUAACGGCGUCGUGGGUCACGUAUAUAAGGAAGCUACACAAUUUACCACCAAGUUUAACGGAAAUGGUCGCCGAUACUAUGCAAGGUGAUGAAGCUAUCACGGUUGUGGAAGACGGUCACUACGUGGUUGAAUCGCCGCGCCUCACCUUCAGCGUCAGGACGCACGCCCCAGGACUUGUAGCCUUUUAUGGCUUCGAAGUGCCAAAAAUCGCAACCUCACUCUACAACCUCUAUGUGAAGGCGGCUGUUGACACGCUUCAAAAAGUUGUGAAGCCGUUGUCAGCAAUUAGCUUCAUGACAAGAGUUUCCCCUGCAGCGGCAAACAGCGUUAAGGUACGUGCUACCUGUCGAAUUGAUAUUGAGGCUUUGGCCUUGGCCAGGACAGCGUUCAAGCAAUCACUUGAGGCCAUGGGUGACGACGAAACGUACGCAAAGGACUUCGUGUCUACGGAGCACGGCUUCGCAUCGGUGAUGUGCGACGCAUUCCCGUUCAUUUUCCCACUGCUGGCGAACUCUGUAAAAUACCUGCUGAAGACAUAG